AUGGCUAAUAAGGCCAAGUGGCCCCAGUUGGGCGUGCAGCCGCAAAACCUGCAUGAGCACGCGACGCAACUCAUAGCAGAGGCAACAGCAUUGCUAACCCUAGAAAAAGGACAACGCCAAAAACUACCAGAUCAAUCAUUAGAAUCCUUUCUGAACAGCGUACAGGCUUAUGCCAAAAAAUCCAGGGCCGCACCAUCCUCCCACGAGAUCCUCGAUAAGUUGAAUCAGAUCCACCACAUCGCGAAGACCACCAUCUCAGACGACCUCACCCUCAUCAAGAACGCGGUCAACCAUGCAGCAACGCACCCGACAGCCAGAAACCCAACCUGGGCCGACAGAGUCAGGUCUGGCGGCACGCCCCCCCAGCCCAGAACGCCUCCACCCGCACAAACGAACAGCAAGGAGAGGGAGAUAAUAGUCAAACUACACAACCCCGAGGCGGCCGCACUGCUGCGAGAUAAGACACCGGGAGAGCUACGCGAAAGAGUCAACAAUGCACUGAAGGAGCGAACACGCAGCACGGAGCGACCGAUUCAGGUGGUAGCCGCCAAACAACUGAAGAGCGGAGACGUGUCCAUUCACACGGUGAACAUCGAAGACGCCAACAAACUGCGAGAAGAACAACAGUGGACACAGGCCCUGGGCAGAGAGGCCAAGGCCCUCCAACCCACAUACGGGGUCCUGGUUCACUCAGUUUGUACGGAUAAGGAGAACAUAGACCCCAGCAACCAGUCACGAUCCAUCGAGAAGAUCCAAACAGAGAAUGCAACUUUACACCCUGGAGCAACGAUCACCUACGUAGGAUGGCUCACGAGGACGGGAGCAAAGAAACCGACUUCGUCACUGGUGUUGGAAUUCACCACCAAGGAACAUGCAGACCGAGCGAUCAGAGAGGGAUUGGUCCUGGAUGCCUGCUACCAUCACUGUGAACUCUACGACAGAAGCUGCAAGCUGAAGCAAUGCUACAAGUGUCAGAAAUACGGCCACAUUGGAACUCAGUGCAACGUCAAUGAAACAUGCGGAUACUGUGCAGAACCCCACAACACGAGGGACUGCCGAAAGAGAGAAGAAGAUCCAAACUCUACACCUAAACCCGACGCCACAAGCAAGGUGGCACAGCCUGCCACCCGCCCUACCAUACCCCUGUUCACCGGCGGUACCCUACGACAAACCCUGGACCAACGCAAACGUCCCGCGGAAGCCCAGCCGACUGAACGUACCACCGCACGACCGAGACGGAACCCGCAAUCGACCACAUUUCACAACUUCACGCAGGAAGAUUCCGAAGUCUUUGUGCUGAACAAAAUGAGCCUGCACAGAGCGAUGGAGGACCGGGAAAGAGAAAUGAGAAUUGAAAACGAGGAAUACACACCGAACAGAGAUUCGCCGAUAAUGACUCGCUCCAGAACCGCAUCCCAACAACCCCCUGUAGACCCAGCCCUCAUAGACCCCGCACUGACCGACCUCGAAAUGACGCAGAACGAUGAGAAGUCCAAGAACAAGGUCAUGGCCAGCCUGCUGAGGGAUGAGAGGAUCAAGGAGUUCGACGUGAUUGCAAUACAAGAACCGUGGCGGAACAAUUUCACCAACACAACCCACUACCCACGACCUCAAUCCUUCGAUCUGGUGUACUUGGACGACCCAGGCACCAGGACGUGCAUGUUUAUAAACAGAAGAAUACCGCGCGGCAGAUGGACCGCAACUACCCCCUCUCCUGACUUCUGCACUGUCUCCAUCCAGUGCACCGAGGCGCCCGAGGACACAAUCCAUAUCCACAACCUCUACAAUCCGGAGACCAGCACAGGGAACAGCACCAUCCCCCUCCUGCGCAGAACGAUAACCGAAGCCAACAGUGAGAAACAAAUCGUGGUUGGGGACUUCAACCUCCACCACCCACUCUGGGGAGGCACAGGCAGCGACCGGGACGCUGAGGCGGAGGAGUUGGUCACACUCAUGGCCGACCAACAACUGGAACUCCUGAUCCCACAGGGCACCGUCACGUACGAUGAACACAAUAGACAAACCACGAUCGAUCUCGCUCUCGGUACACCGUGGAUUCACGAGAGGAAGGCCUACUGCGGGCUCAGGGAAGAUCUCGACCACCAAUCGGACCAUCAACCAAUCGCCAUAACAAUCAUGACAGCGGUUGAAACAUGCGACCCGCCCGACCAAUGGCAAUGGCAACGGACGAACACACAAACACUGGAGCUAGAACUCCAGAGGAACCUACCCCACCCGACCGUCUUGGACUCAGAGGCGUCGGUGGACCACCGAGUGCAAGGGCUAGUUCACGCCAUUACAAGGGCCAUCGAUGCCUCCACACCGAAGGCCAAACCAAGCGACCGUUCGAUCCCUGGGUGGACGCAGGAGUGCAAGGAAGCACAGAGGACAGCGAGGCGCCUUCGAAGACGAUAUCAGAGGACGCGCCUCGAGAGCGAUUGGGAGGCAUACUGCCAGGCCAGGAACUACAAAGGGAGACUCAUCAAAAAGACACUCCGCGACGCUUACCGAGCAAGGGCGAGGGACAAGGCAGGCGAGGGACAAGGCAGGCGUUCACGCCACCUCUGCGCCGAAGCGACAACGACCUGGAGCACGACCACCAAGCCAAGGCAAACUUAUUCAAAGAGACGUUCUUCCCACCCCAACCUGAUGUGGAUCUGUCCGACACUGCAAAACCAAAGGUACAGCGACCAACUUACCUUUCCUCCUAUCACAGAACAGGAGAUAACUCGAGCAAUCGGAUCCAUGGCCGCCAAGAAAGCACCGGGACAGGAAGGCAUCCCGGCACACAUACUACAACUACUGCUCCUCUACCUGACACCCCAUCUACUACAGAUCUACAACGCAUCCCUGGACCUACAAUACUGCCCAGCGCACUUCAGACAAUCCAAGACGGUGGUGCUACCCAAGCCCAACAAAAAGGACCGGUCGGAGGUGAAAUCGUACCGCCCGAUAGCCUUGCUGAACACCCUUGGUAAAGCCUUGGAGUCCAUCCUGGCAACAAGGAUCUCUCAGGCGGUCGAAGAACACCAGCUCCUCCCACGCACGCACUUAGGGGGAAGAAAGGGAAUGUCGACGGAACACGCGCUUCAUGGUCUGAUGGAGCUGAUCUAUCAGUCUUGGGACAACGAUCAGGUAGCCAGUCUCCUCCUUCUGGAUGUAACAGGUGCCUUCGACCAUGUCUCUCACCCCAGGCUUCUGCACAACCUGCGCAAGAGAAGGAUGGACGAAAGGAUAGUGGGAUGGGUAGCGAGCUUUCUACGAAACAGGACAACUAUUAUACAGCUACGGGAGCACACAACAGAACCUCUCCAAGUGGAGACCGGGAUCCCACAGGGUUCCCCGAUCUCUCCAGUGCUCUACCUUUUCUACAACGCUGACAUCCUGGAAGACGCGCCCCUCCGGGUGACCGGGGCAGCGGCCGGAGGUUGGAUCGACGACAUCUACUUCUUCACCAGCAGCUGCACCACCGACGAGAACUGUAGGAAGUUAGCAAGAAUGCAUGGACGAGCGGAGGCAUGGUCGGCCACUCACGGAUCAAAAUUCGACCUCAAAAAAUACCAACUCAUCCACCUCACGCGAAAUCCAAGGAGACACGAUGUACAACGGGCUUUGACCAUAUCAGACCUAACGAUUGCUCCGAUGAAAGAGGUCCGCUACUUGGGCGUCAUGUUGGACCAGCAGCUACGAUGGGGCCCUCAGAUACAGCAUAUCGAAAGCAGAACGUCACUGACGUUAAAUGCCCUGAGGUCCCUGGCAGGUUCAACGUGGGGAUCAGCGCUGGCCACGCUAAGGCUGGCAUACCUGGCCAUAGUGGUCCCACAGAUCACAUAUGCCUGCUCCGUGUGGCAUACACCGCGCGGCGAAGCAGGGCUCACAGAAAAGAUGCGCACGACCCUUGACAGGAUUCAACGAGAAGGGGCGAGGAUCGUAGGAGGCGCAUACCGAGCAGCGUCGGGCGCGGCCUUGGAUGUCGAGCUCUUCAUGACGCCUCUGCGUCUGCAGCUGGAGGAGCGAGCACACCACGCAGCACUGAAUAUCCUCACCGGCAGCCAGUUCCAGAACGAAGACGACAACAGCACCUCAGCAUGGACCCCACCGAUACGCGGAGACUCCCCCACCAGCCCCCUAACACGCCUCUACAACAGCCUCGUGAUGAAACUGGGAGAAGGAGCGGUCAGUCAUCUGGAGUCGCGGAUCCCAUUCCCGGUAAAGCCGUGGUGGAGAGCGCCCACGGUCACUAUCACGGAAGGUCGAGAAGCGGCGGAACGACUGCACACACACAUUAUCAGCGGAGCCGACCCACCACUGGCAGUCUACACCGACGGUAGCGGCAUACACGGGAAAGUGGGGGCUGCUGCAUUAGCGCCGUCGAUCCACACCCAAGAACUCGCUUAUCUCGGCAAGGAAACGUCUACCACCGUGUAUGCAGCCGAGCUUCUUGGCAUUCACAUGGGCCUAAACCUAAUCCUAGCGUCGGACCGACGCAGAGCAGCAAUCUUCACGGACAACCAGGCAGCCCUAAAGGCUCUCCAAAACCCCAGAAGAUCAUCCGGUCAAUCCAUACUUCGGAGGAUCAUAGAUGCUCUAGACAGGGUCCGCUCCCAGGGCCUUCAGGUGGAAUUCUACUGGAUCCCGGCGCACCAAGGAAUCGAAGGUAAUGAAUUGGCGGAUAAUCUCGCAAAGGAAGCGACGGGCUGCAGACAACAACGAGGCAGAAGAGGGAGGAUGAUCACAGUGGACACUGACGAUACCGCAGCUACACCUGACUUCCUAAGACACCUGAUAUCCGCAGCCAAGUCGGAACUUCACCGCCAGACCCAGGUACAGUGGGAGCGGGACUGGGAGAACGAGUCAUCGGGGCGAGCCACCUACGCGCUCACACCCGCACCAAGCCCUACGGUCCUCCAUCUACACCACUCCUUACACAAGGCCCUCAGUUCCACCAUCGUACAGAUGCGCACCGGCAAGAUUGGACUACGACAAUUCCUAUAUGAAAGAAAGGUGCCAGAGAUCACUGACACCCUAUGCGAAUGCGGUGGCGGAAAUUAA